AUGUCAGAAAUCUAUAUUGAUCCAGGGAAUUUCAAGAAGAGAGUCCAGCACAUUCAAAGAAAACUCUCUGAUGCCGCCAUCUUCAACAACACGCAAUCAUUAUUGAUUGUCAUUGGGGCAAAUGACGAAGGCAAUCCAUAUCAAAAGUCCACAGUAUUGCACAAUUGGUUGCUCGGAUACCAGUUUCCAGCGACAGCUUUGUUAAUCACCAAGCAAAGAGUUAUUUUCGUGACUUCUGGCCCAAAGGCCAGACAUCUUAGUGGUGUCAAAUCUCCAAACGUUUUAAUUUGGACUAGAAACAAAGACCCAGAACACAAUAAGAAACUUUUUGAAAACUUAGUUGAAGAAAUCAAAUCUGCCGGCGAUAAAGUUGGUGUGCUUACCAAGGACAAGUUCGAAGGUAAAUUCGUUGAUGAAUGGAAUUCUGUCUGGUCUAAAGAGGAAGAUGCUAUCACUAAAGUCGAUAUUGGUGCUGGGUUAUCCCAAGUAAUGGAAGUCAAAGAUGAUGAGGAAAUUAGAUAUACUCGAUUGGCAUGUAGAGCCUCGUCUAUUAUGCUCGAUUAUUUCAGUGAUGAAAUGGUCACCAUUGUUGAUGAAGAGAAAUCCAUCACUAACAUGAAAUUGAGCGAAAAAAUUGAAAAUAAAAUUGAUGAUGCGAAAUUCUUCAAUGACAAGAAGAAGAAGCUCAGUAAUGAUUUUGAUCCUAACUCAUUGGACUGGAGUUAUAGUCCAAUCAUUCAAUCUGGUGGUAAGUUUGAUUUGAAACCUUCCGCCCAGUCUAAUAAAGAUAAAUUGAACGGCGGCGUUAUUCUUGCCUCCAUUGGUCUCAGAUACAAGAAUUAUUGCUCUACUAUUGGUAGAUCUUUCUUGAUUGAUCCUACAAAAGAAAUUGAAAAGAAUUAUGACUUCCUCUUGAAGAUUCAGAAAAGAGUUUUUUCAUUUUUGAAAGAUGGCGUCACUGGUAAAGCGGUUUACGGUGCUGCCAUUGAUCUCAUCAAAAAAGAAAGACCGGAAUUGGAAUCUCAUUUUGUGAAGAACGUUGGUUGGUUAUCCGGGAUUGAAUUCAAAGAUAACUCAUGUGUUUUGAAUGCUAAGAACGAAAGAACUAUACACGCUGGUUCUGUGUUUGAUGUUGUCAUCGGGUUCAAUAACCUUGAAAAUAAAGAAGCAAAAGAUCCUAAAGAUAAGAUUUAUGCUUUGUCUUUGAUUGAUACAAUUCGUGUGACUAAUGGUGAACCAGUCACUCUUACAGAGGGCCAAAAGGCUAAGAGUGAUAUUUCAUUCUUCUUUAAGGAUGAUGGUGAAGAUGAAAAAAUCAAGAACGAAUCAGGUGAAGAUGUUAAGCCAAAGGUUAAAAGUUCUUCAUCGGUACCAAAAAAGAGAAAGAAUGAGGAAAUUCUAUCUGGUAAAUCUAAGAUCUUAAAGACUAAAUUAAGAGGUGAAGCUAAAAAUCUGGAUGAUCAUGACCAAGAAUUGAUCAGACAGGCAUCUCAGAAGAAAUUACAUGAGAAGAGACAAAAGGAAGGUUUAGCAAGAUUUUCUGCAGCAGAUCAAAUGAAUCCUGACGAACAAAAGCCUGUUUUCAAGAGAUAUGAAUCAUAUGUUAGAGAAACACAGCUUCCAACCAAUGUUAAAGAUUUGAGAAUCCAUGUUGAUCCAAAAUCGCAAACCAUUCUCGUUCCAGUCUGUGGUAGACCGGUUCCAUUCCACGUUAACGCUUAUAAGAAUGGGUCCAAGACCGAGGAAGGUGAAUAUACUUAUAUCAGAUUGAACUUCAACUCCCCUGGUGGUAUUGCUGCCAGAAAAGGUGAUCUUCCUUAUGAAGAAGGUGAUGACAACACCUUUAUAAGAAGUAUUACUUUCAGAUCGAAAGAUGGGCAAAGAUUGAGUCGUGUAUUUCAACAAAUUUCCGAUUUAAAGAAGGCUGCAAUCAAGAGAGAAAGUGAAAAGAAGGCAAUGGCCGGUGUUAUUGAACAAGCUAAAUUGAUUCUUAAUAAGCCAGGCAGAGUGAAGAGAUUGGACUCGGUUGCUAUCAGACCUGCUCCAGAUUCUAAGAAGGCAUUCGGUACCGUUUUCAUCCAUGAAAAUGGUUUGAGAUACCAAUCUCCUAUCAGACCGGACCAAAAGGUGGAUAUCUUGUUCAGCAAUAUUAAGCAUUUAUUCUUCCAACCAUCUCAAGAUGAACUAAUUGUUUUGAUUCAUUGCCAUUUGAAGAAUCCACUCAUGAUUGGUAAGAAGAAGACUUACGACAUUCAGUUUUACAGAGAAGCCAGCGAUGGUGGUAUUGAUGAGACUGGUGGUAGAAGACGUAAGUACAGAUAUGGUGAUGAUGAUGAAUUGGAACAAGAAGAAGAAGAAAGAAGAAGAAGAAUGAUUCUUGAUAGAGAAUUUAAGACUUUUGCUGAAACUAUCAGUGAUGCUUCCAAUGGUUUAGUUGACUUGGAUAUCCCAUUCAGAGAAUUAGGUUUUGAUGGUGUGCCCCUUCGGUCAUCUGUUUUCUUGAUGCCAUCUAGAGAUUGUUUAGUUCAAUUGAUCGAUACUCCAUUCUUGGUGGUGACGCUUGCAGAAGUGGAAGUUGCACAUUUGGAAAGAGUUCAAUUCGGGUUGAAGAAUUUUGAUUUGGUUUUCGUUUUCAAAGAUUUCUCUAAGCCAGUUGUCCAUAUUAACACUAUUCCAAUGACCGUUUUGGAAGAUGUCAAGAACUGGUUGACCGAUGUUGAUAUUCCAUUCUCUGAAGGUAGAAUUUCCUUGAACUGGGCUCAAAUUAUGAAGACAAUUGUUGCAGACCCGCACGGUUUUUUCGAAGAUGGUGGGUGGAGCUUUUUGACUGGUGACGGUAGUGAUGAAGAAGAAAGUGAAUCUGAAGAAGAAUCUGCCUUUGAACUCUCAUCAGAAGGUGAAGAAGAUGAUGAUGAGGAGGAAGAGGAGGAAGAUGACUAUAGUUCGGAAGAAUUUUCUGAUGAGGAAAGUGAAGCUAGUGCCAGUGAAACAGAUGAAGGUGAAGACUGGGAUGAAAUGGAAAGAAAGGCGGCGCGUGAAGAUAGCAGAAAGGAAGGUGGUGGUGGCGGUGGCGGUGGCGGACGUAGAAGAUGA